AUGGAUACGCGUGAGAAGCGGCCGUUGGACGAAUUGGAAAAGGGAUUCUUGCCACAUGAGAGCUGGGAGGUGCUUGAAUGGGGUGAAUGUGGAAAGCUGGGGGGGAGAAGUCGUGCGGGGUGCGAGGGGAGCACAUAUAAGAUCAUGUUUGCGAUUACACUUCUGGUUUUGUGCUGGCAUUAUGGGUUUGUGGUUGCGAGACCUAGUGAGAUUGCUAGACGGGUAGAUGGGGUUCCAAAUUAUGUGAUUGACUAUGCUCCAAUUGUCUAUCUCGAUACCGCCGAAGCAUACUUUCCCUCAGACAUUGGCGCGCAACUUGCAAAUACACAGCCAGAGAUCAACUUUAGUGUCAUACCCAAUGCGCCAAACCCAUUGACAGUCAACAAUGUCGAUUCCUUGAACGGGUUCGGCAGUGGUGGUUCAGACGUCUACUUGACUACCACCAUAGACAUCACCAAGUCUCCAGCACCCAAAUGGCUUGAAGGUGUGGUUCCCGAUUCUUCCGGAAAGACAGGAUCCGCCGUCUCAUCCGCCAUCAUCGUCAAUGAUCACGGCAGUGGCGCCAUAGACGCAUUCUACAUGUACUUCUACGCAUACAACCAAGGAAACACGGUGCUGGGACAGGAACUUGGAGAUCACAUCGGCGACUGGGAACACAACAUGAUCCGAUUCAAAGACGGCGUCCCACAACACGUCUGGUACUCCCAACACAGCGGCGGUCAGGCUUUCACUUAUCGCGCCACCGAGAAAGUAGGCAAACGACCAGUCAGCUACUCUGCAAAGGGCAGUCACGCCAACUAUGCCAUCGGCGGCAAACACGACCACACCAUCCCCGGUCUCAACCUCCCAGACGGCCUGAUCGUCGAUCACACCUCCAAAGGCGUAUCCUGGGACCCGACGCUCUCCUCUUACUACUACAAUUUCAAACCCUCGGACGGCAGUUUUGAGGGCAUUAAUAACAGUCCCGUCGCCCCCAUGAAUUUCAAGGGAAAGUGGGGCGAUGCGCAGUAUAAAGAUGAUGAUAAACGCCAGAAGGAGUUCUUUGGGUUCAAGAAGUUCGUGGGUGGUCCGACUGGGCCGGGGGAUAAACAGUUGAAUCGCACGAAGGUUUGUCCGGAGAGUGAUGUUCCUUGUGUUUUGAGGGAUAAACUUGUUCCUUAA